GUGGCCGUGGUGCUGGCCGCGGCGUCCCCCGGCGCCGCCAAGCCCGUGCGCUUCGACCAGCGGCAGAACGGCAGCCUCAACGUGCAGGUGGACCUCAAGGACCUCGAGGUGUACGCCAUCGUGGAGGACGAGCAGCUCGAGGGCGCCAUGGCGGCCCAGGCCGCUGAGACGGUCCGGCCGCGGCCCAACGCGGCCGUGGUCGAGUCCCUGGAGGUCCUGAAGGGGGCUGGCGGCGUGGUCGACGCCGCGCCUUCGCCGCCCCCGGCAGCCUCGGCCGCCGCGAACAGCCCAUCGGCCAACGCGCCGCGCCGCCCCAACGACAAGCUGGCCUCCAUCAAGCACAAGACGGGCGGGCUGCUGCCCCACGAGCGCAGCGACUCGGCGGCGCUGGACUUGCCGCUGUGGGUCGCGGCUGCCCCCCGUGACGAGGAGCACGACGGCGACGGGCACGGCGGCGACGAGGAGCUUGAACCCAGGGCCACGACGGCCGUGGAGGCACGCGCCGCCCCUGCCCCCGCCGCCCCCACUGCCCCCGUGUCGGCCGGGGUGGGGCCCUCAGGGCGGCCGGCGCAGAGCCAGGGGGUGCGGCCGGUCGGCACCGUGUCCGUCGCGCACCUGCACUGCGGCCAGGGCUACUACCGCGACCAGAGCGGACGCUGCCGACGCUCCCGCCGGCCCCAGUCGUCCAACACCCGCAAGCACCAUCACCACCACGGCACCAGGAAGCACCGGCCGACAGUCAAGCCUGUGGCCCCCGCUGUGGCCCCCGCGCCGACACAGGCUCCAGAGCAGGCCAAGGACGCCGUCAAGGACGCCGCCAAGGUAGCGGUCAAGGAGCCCGCCGUCAAGGAAGCCGUGAAGGUAGCAGCGCCGAAGGACCCCGUUCCCAAGGACGCCGUCGUCAAAGCUCCCGUCAAGGAGGCCGUCAAGGAAGCCUCCAAGGACCCGAUCAGUGGGGCCGCUAGCGAGGACGCCGUGCCCGCUGCCGCGCCCAUCCCCGCGCCGUCUGUGUCCUCCGUCAAGACAGCUACCAGGGAGCCCGUCAAGGAGCCCGUCAAGACCCUCUCCAAGGACGCCGUCAAGGACUCCCUCAAAGAGGCCUCGAAGGAGCCAGUCCACGCCCACAAAGGCCACCCCGUCAAGCACGCCGCCGUCAAAGAGCCAUCGAAGGACGCCGUCAAGGUGGUCGCGGUGAAGACGCCGAUCUCCGUCCAGGACCGCAUAGCGGCCAGCUUCAACAACAAGGCCAACAUCAAGGAGGCCGCCAAGACGCCGGACGUGAAGCCCGCCGUCAAGGUGCCCGUCAAGCCGCAGCUCCACCGCCACAGCCAGCAGCAGCUGAAGCAGCAGCAGGCCAAGCAGCCGCUCAAGCCGGCGCCGGUGGCCGCCGUCAAGGACAAGGAGGCCGCCAAGGUGUCCGUGGCCCACCACCACAGCCACCACAGCCAGCACAGCGCGCACAAGAUCACCGUCAUCAAGGACGACAACAAGCCCCGAACGCCGCCGCCCGCUUCCAACAAACCGACCGGCAAGGUGCCCGCCCCCGUGCCUGUCCCCGCCCCCGCGGUUGUCACCGUCCCCGCGGUUGCCGCCGUCCCCGCACCUGCCGCCCCCGCUUCCCCCACGAUCCCCGUGAAGAAAGCUUGAGCCGCCGAGACUGCGCCGAGUCGCAGGUCGCGUUCCCGUUCCCGCCGAGCACCCACGAGCCUGUAGGACUUGGCCUCAGAGACGAACGGGGCAGCGACAGCGCUCAGUAACUGAAUGGCAUGCCACCAUGUUUACGAUCUCAGAACAGCCAGAAUGCAACGAAGAGACGGCGCCGCUCUCUUUGGCUGGACAAGUUCACAAUGCUGCAUUGAAGCAAGACUCUUAAACUUAGAAUUUUACUUCUUGUUUUUAACAGGAUCCAUAGUUCAAACUUUGUCUGUUAGUUCGUUUUUGUGUCUGUUUCCACAAGUAGUGGUUUAUUUAUUUAAUUUAUUAUUUUUACAAUUAUUUAUUUUAUUUACUUUACACAAGUUUUAUGGUUUUGUAAUGUUGAGUGUGUCGCGACUGAAAAAAGAAAAACAAGUUGAAUAAAGUGCCUGUCUUACUUUUA